UACAAAAAAAUGUCUACAACAGGUGGGCCUUUGUCAGAACAAUAUCCAAACAACAUAUCAUUCACCUGGAAUACAGAUGGAAUUCCAGUUUUUAAAAGUUCAAAAUUUUCGUUAUGGCCUUUCUAUCUUGUAAUUAAUGAAUUACCUUAUAAGCAAAGGAUGAUGAAAGAAAACAUGAUUCUUUGUGGUCUUUGGUUUGGUGAGACCAAACCAUUUAUUAGCUUAUUCACAAAACCAUUGAUGAAGUCCUUGAAAAAUCUAGAGUCUAAGGGGAUAGAGUAUGAAAUAGGAGGCUGCAAAGUUGUAACACAAGCCUAUCUUAUUUGUGGUACUGCUGAUCUUCCUGCUAAAAGUUUAGUUUUAAAUUGCAAUCAAUUUAAUGGACAGUACAGCUGUAUGCGAUGUGUGCAUCCAGGAGAAACUUAUAAAACUGCAGCAGGGGGAUCUGUUCAUGUAUUUCCUUAUGACGCAUCAAAGUCAAUGUAUGAAGAGAGAACAUCAAGUAAUUGUUUAGAAGAUGCAGCUAUAGCCACAGAAAGUAGAAAAACCUUUAAAGGAAUUAAAGGACCCUCUUUUCUAAUGACUCUGAAAUCCUAUGAUUAUGUCAAAUCUUCUUCCAUUGAUUACAUGCAUGGGGUUCUACUAGGAAUUGGAAAAUUAUUAAUUAAAUUAUGGAUUGGUAGCAGUCAUAGUAAGGAAAAAUUUUCUAUUUCUUCAUAUGUAGACAUUAUAGAUGAAAGAUUAUUGAAAAUAAAGCCACCAUCAGUCAUAACACGUGUUCCAAGAUCCCUAUCUGAGCAUUUCAAAUAUUGGAAAGCAUCAGAAAUACGAUCCUGGUUGCAGUUUUACUCAUUACCUGUGCUGUGUGAUAUUCUGCCUGAAGAAUAUUUUAUGCAUUUUGCCUGUUAUGUGCAAGGAAUAUAUUUAUUGUCAUCUGACAGUAUUUCUCCUGUCGAUUUACAGAAAAGUCAGAGCCUUUUAUCAUAUUUUGUACAUAUGUUUCCAUCUUUAUAUGGAGAACGAUACGUAACAUUGAAUAUGCACUCCUUGCUUCAUCUUACACAAUGUGUUAAAGAUCUAGGCCCAUUGUGGGUAUAUUCUUGUUUUCCGUUUGAAAAUAUAAAUGGUGUUCUUAUGGAGCUGUUUCAUGGAACUCAGAAUAUUGAACUCCAAAUAAUGUACAGUAUUAAUGUUGUUCAAAGUAUGUCAUUGAUGGUGAAAGGUAUCAAUGAUCAAAAUCUUAUUCACUUUGCAGAUAAAAUGAAUCAUAAAAACAAUUCUGCAAAGGCUAUCAUUGGAACUUCUGCUGCUUCCUUCCCAAUAGGAGCAAGCAGUAAUAUCACAUUGUCGGAUACUUUGUUUGGUAAACUUGUGAAUGAAGUAAAGUUUGUUCCACUUAAAAUAUUGUCUUACAAGAGGAUUUCAUUGCGGGGAAACACACUGCAUUCAACUGCUUAUACAAGAGUGCAAGUGAGAAACACAUACACUAUUAAAUAUUAUGAUUCGGCUGAAAAACAAUUCAAGUACGGAUGCAUAGCUUACUAUAUUCUUGCGAAGAAAUGUGAAUGUGUCAAAGAAAUAUGUAUGUGUAAUUCUACAUUGAUAGCUGUUAUUGGAGAGUUGGAGUGUACGGGAUUAUCUAUCAUUAAUCCAAAUUUUUUAAGUGUAGAUGUACCUCAUAUCAAUAUUGUACAGAAAACAAACAAUGUUCACUUGGUUGAUGUUACGAAAAUACUUAAUGUUGUUGUAUUCAUAGACAUUUUUGGAGAUGAUGGAAAAAAGUUUGUUUGUGAUUUUCCAAAUGUAAAAGAAUCUGAUUGAAGCAAAAUGUACAUGAUGUACAUAUAUAUAAAUAAUAUUCUGUAACUAAAUCUACUAAAAAAAUGUAAUGUA